GCCGAAGCCCUUCCCCAGCUUCAGUAAGGUCAACGCUCCGAACGUCUCCUAACAUUGGCUUCUGGUGAUCCAAUAAAUCGUCUACUCAAUCUCUUUUGGAAACUUCUCUUUUCAAGAUGUCAACCGAAAAUGGCACGGACAAUGCUAUUCUCAAGGAGAUCUUGGACGGACUGAAGGCGAUGCGCCUAGAGAACUCUGAGCUUGCAUCUGCGAUCGAUAAGAUCAACGGCCGCGUGAAUGUGCUGGCUGGCGUCAAGCAGUUGAAGGAUGAGGCGGCGACUGAAGCUGCGAACGGCACUCUGAGCAAGGAGAAGGCGAAGGAGGCCGACUCGGCCCAAACCGUAGAAGCUGUUAGCCAGCAGUAUGAGCCAACAUCCCCCAAUGCUGAAGCACCUCGUCCCGCAAGUGUCUCGAAGACUUCAAAGAUCAUCUUGACUUCGUAUCCUGGUCAAUCUGGUGUCGACCCUCUGCCUAUGGAAUGGGGUGCCAAAGACCCUGCCGUCCGUGGUCCCGUUGUUGUGUCGAGGCACAACAACACCAUCCGUCGUCGUAACGCAAUUGGAGCUCACGGAGGCUCGUAUUCGAUCUACAACGCGCUUGCUGUUGCUAGCAAAGACCUCGACAUUACGCACAAGCCGGACUUCACGAACACUGAGCCCGCUGCAAACAUUGGGCCAUUCCCUCAAUGGAAUGACAAGAAGAAGAUUGUUGCGAUGGAUCCCUAUGGUCAUCUCGCUCCAUGGCUGCAUAAGGAGACCAUGGACAAGGAAGACAUCGAAAUCCGACCGACCAUUGCUAUCACCCGAGCGCACAUGAAGCUCCCUGAAUUGGAGGAGAGCGUGAGGAAGGGGCGACUUGUACCUGAUGGAAAGAUUUGCAUAAACGAGACUGGUGAAGUAGCAGUUACUAAAGUGGCUGUUGAACCAGUGUGGUAUCUGCCUGGUGUCGCUGAGCGUUUCAACAUCGAUGAGGGGACUCUGAGACGAACACUCUUCGAAGAGACCGGCGGUUCGUACCCAGAGUUGAUCACACGCCACGAUAUUAAGCUUUUCCUUCCUCCCAUCGGUGGUCUCACCGUUUACAUCUUCGGUGACCCAGCGAAGAUGUCAGACCCCGAAGCCCGCCUUGCACUUCGUGUCCACGAUGAAUGCAAUGGUAGCGAUGUCUUCGGAUCUGACAUCUGCACGUGCCGUCCAUACCUUACCUUCGGUAUCGAAGAAGCCGUGAAGGAGGCCCAGAAGGGUGGCAGCGGCGUCGUCAUCUAUUUCCGCAAGGAAGGUCGUGCACUCGGCGAAGUCACCAAAUACCUCGUUUACAACGCACGAAAACGUGGCGAAGACCGUGCCAGCGAGUACUUCCAGCGUACCGAGAACAUUGCCGGAGUCAAGGACAUGCGCUUCCAGGCGCUUAUGCCUGACAUUCUCCACUGGCUCGGCAUUACCAAGAUCGACAGGAUGUUGUCCAUGUCCAACAUGAAGCACGACGCUAUCGUCGAUCAGGGCAUUCCCAUCCACGAGCGCGUGCCCAUUCCUGAUGAGAUGAUUCCGGCAGACAGCCGCGUCGAGAUUGACGCCAAGAUCCAGGCCGGUUACUUCACCACAGGCACUGUCAUGUCCAUGGAGGAGUUGGCGAACGUCAAGGGUCGCGGCUGGGAAGAUAUCGAUCACUGAGCGGACCCUACAUCUUGGUAAGGGGUAUGCAGGGCAUUGAAGACGCAUCGUCUGAUCCUUCUGCGCGACAGUCGAAUCCCACGAUCUUCUCGAAAAUGUUGCAGUGGACGCGUACGCAGCAUCGCUGUACCACACACGCUUACAACGAAACCAAUACUCCAUCGAAAAAUUUAGACAGCGCAUAUUUGAAUUUAAGCCAACCAAUCACAUUGUCUCCAUCUCGAUACUAACCUUGAUUUCGCUGUUGU